AACGAUUAGGAUUUAUUUCAGACAUAUUAGACUGUUAAUCAUGAUAAAUACAAUCCGUCUUUCAAGUUUUAAUUGAAUAUCUUCAGUGCUUUUGGUUUUAUAAAUCCUUGAAUUUUGUCGAUUGAGGUUUUCAUCUGAAAUUGUCAAUGAUUGUGUAUUGAGUUAUCUCUCUUUCACCAUGUAGAAAACGCCAGGUAGAUAUUUACCCUGAUAAGUCCUCCGAUUUCUUUUAACGUUUUAUCGGUUCUUUUGCAAAAUGUAUUUGGACAUUUUAUGAUUUACUCAUCUAAAUUCCGUGAUUUUUGUUGUCGAAAAGCCCUUUGUUUUUGUUUUAACGACAAAAAUUCUAGUUUUUUAUUCUUAUAUUUUCAAAUGUAUUUCUGAACCAAUUUACCAUUUUUGCACCCAUGACUUCCGGAGCACUUUAAAAUACUUUCGUAUCGAUCAUAAAUUGUGUACUUUUCUUUUCAAUUCACGGAAGACUACUUUUCUUUUCAAUUCACGGAAUCGAUGUACUUCCUUCAACAGAUACGUGUAUAAAGAUGGAAAACAUUGCUCUUUCAUUAGAAGAGAAAUCACAACUCCAGGAAUGGAUCUGUCAGAAAAGGAACAAAGGAAAGUUCACCCUGCUGUACAAAAUGAGAAGAGAUGGAUGGAAUGCUACAACGUUCCAUACAAAAUGCGAUAACAAAGGUCCCACUGUGACCGUUCUCUACAGUACGAACGGAACGGUCCAUGGAGGAUACACGUCUCAAAGCUGGACAAGUUCAGCACAAGGCUACUAUGGGAUUGAUCCAAAAGCCUUUUUAUUUCAGUUGCGAAGUAAAGGAGACAGAAAUUUGCAACGCUUCUCAAACUGUUCACAAAGUGGUAAUAAUGCAAUAUAUUGUAACUACAACUAUGGACCAACUUUUGGAUCAGGGCACGAUUUACUUACCUUCAAAGGCAUUUCAGGGACUAAUGAAGCUGGAUUCAGGUUGAACGGACAAUUCAACCUUGGCAACACUUAUGCAAAUGAAUUCAGAGAUUGCCUUAACGAUGGUCAAUUGAUUGUGUACGAUUUGGAGGUAUACCAGUUUGAUGAGGAAUCAGACUUUGUGGUUCUGGAGAUUCCAUGGAGAGAUUGUCCUGAGUGGGACGAAAAGCUACUGGAAGAGUUGAAAUACGAAGUGGAAAAUUACGUACCAGCGGAAGAAACAAAUACUCCAACUGCAAACAUUCUCAUGAUGGGAGAAGUAGGAUCUGGAAAAUCAAGCUUCAUCAACACCAUCAACUCGAUUUUCAGAGGAAACAUCACAAACCCUGCCAUUACUGGGACAUCUGCCCACAGCCUCACCAACUCUCUAAAGAUUUACAGAAUGAAAAGUCAUCAGUUGUCUAGUAAACCACUCAAGUUUCAUCUGUUUGAUACUCCUGGAUUAGAAGAAGACCAAGGUAUAGAUGCACAGGAACUGUGCUACAUCUUGGAUGGACAUUUGCCUGAUAGAUACAUGUUUAAUCCUUCUUGCCAAGCCACACCUGCAAUUCCGGGUUUCAAGAAAAAUCCAGAGAUGAAAGACAAAAUCCAUCUUGUUGCCUUCAUAGUAGAUGCCAGGACGACUUACGAUAUGACCGACAAAAUCACAUCUAAAAUACAGAACCUCCGCUCAAAAAUCAGUCAAAGAGUAAAGUUGUUCGAGGCCACAUUGACCAUGUAGCAAAGUUGAUUGGUUUACCACGUGGUCACGUGAUGCCGGUGAAGAAUUAUGAAUGCGAGAUCGCAUUACAUCAGAAUGUAACAAUCCUUAGCCUACUUGCUCUUCGGCAAAUACUUCGUUUUGCAGACGAUUAUUUGGUAAAUAAUAUGGAAAUGACCAGCAUUAGCGAAAAGCGUCCAUCUGACUAAAUUGACUACUAACAAUAAAAAACAACACUUUUGGGAUCAUUGUGUGUAGAAUUUUAGAUUUUAUCUUUGUAUUGAGAUAGUCAUAUACUAUAGAAUUACUUUUAGUGUGUGGUUAAAUGGAUUCUUAACGCAAGUGUUUAUGCGGUACUAACAAGUUUCAAUGCUAUCCUUACUUAGUAUUGAUUGUGUAGAAAAUAUAUAUUAGAAUUAGGAACUUUUCCAAUAAAGGUACUACUUAAUAUGUACAUGUAUUUAGAAUACAAUAGAAUUGACAAAAUUACAGAAAAUUGAUGAACAUUGAAAGGACAUCCAUUUCAAAGUCCUCUACAUUACUAUUACAUACUUUUAAAAAUAAAUUGUCAAUAUUUUUGAAA